AUGUUCAAACAACUCCUUCUUCUCUCCGCCCUCAUUCCCGGUGUCGGAAUUGCAUUACAGAUUUAUUGGAACAGACAUCUCACUCUUCCUGUUAUGAUUUUUAGAAGUUUAUUGAAUACAAUCAUUGCUCGGAACAAGUAUUUGGGACGAUUGCAAGAAAUGACUGUGCAAGAAAAGAAAAGACUCAACUAUACGGAGAGUGUACCCAUGAUGGGAAGCGUGAUGAGACCCAUCUGGAAGGAUUUGGAUCUUGAGGCUAAAUCUUUGAACAGUUUAGUGGCUUUUGCUGGACAAUCUCAAUUAAAAUUGGACAAGUAUGGGUUGAGAAAAUCAAUGGAACAUCAAGCCUUGUAUCCACCCAUCUUGGCCGGAAGAAAUUGUGAGAGUAUUGAAGAGAUUGAAAGCUUGAGAAAAUCAAUUUUUGUUCAAAUGAAAGAUUUCAACUUGGACAAGAGUAAGGAACCCAAAGUAUUGUUUUACAUUCAUGGAGGUGGAGGUUAUGGAGGUUUGGCAGCUGGAUUGCAAGCACGUGCUGUUGUUGAGUUUUUAAACGAUGCAAGAUAUACUCAUUCCAUCAAGUACAUGUUGUCUGUGAAUUAUCGUUUGCUUGGUUUGGAUGAAAAUGAAAAGAAGAUGCGAGAUGUGUAUGCAGCAAAUUUUGAGGAUCAACUCGAAGACUGCUACAAUGCUUAUCAGUGGUUAUUGAACGAGCGCCAAUUUAAACCUCAAAAUAUUGUCAUCAUGGGAGACUCUUUUGGACCAGCGUUAGUGAUGAAUUUGUUGGCCAAGAUUGGAGCCACUGCACAGGGACAACUUCCUCAUGCAGUUGCAAUGGUCUCUGGCUACUUUGAUUUGAGUGGCAAGACAUUGGGAGAAAAUUAUGAUGAAGAAAAUACCAUUCUAGUGAGCAAGAAUAAUGUGGAGCUAAUUCAAGGACUCUAUGUAACUGAGAAGCCUUCAUUUUCUCCAAUUAAUUUUGACAGCACUGUCAUUUCUUCCUUUAGCCAAACCAAAUUACUUGUAGUUUACAGUAAUCACGAGGAGGGUACAGCUGACAAUGUCAAGAUGGUACAAACGUUGAAGAACGGUAAACAUCCUCACAUGCAAGUGAUUGCUGAAAAUGGCCAUAUUCAUGGCUAUCCAUUAUUCUUUUAUUAUUCACCUCAACUUAGAAAAACAAUGGAAAAGAUCAUGGAAUUUUUAGAUCAAUAG